CCGGAAGUCAGGAACCGAGGCAGAGGAAUGUGACAUAAACGGAGUCGGUGAUGUUUUGUAACUAAUCGUUCUCCGCAUCAACAUGCCUGUAAACGGUUCAGAGGACCAGGUGCCCUCCGAUGUCUCCAGCCCGGCCAGUGCUGCUCUCACCCUGGGAGCCGCAGAGGAGGAUGGGUCUUCGGGGGGAGCCUCGGCCGUCUGCUCUCUCCCUGAAAACGGCCAGGGCUCUGAGGCUGCUGCAGCAUAUCCUGCCAACAAUGGACCUGGAGAGAGCAGUGCCGGCAAGAAGUCCGGGGCCUUAUUGCAGAUCGACCGACAGCGUAUCCAAGCAGCGUGUGCCAGCUCUGGAGCAGAUGAACUCCAGGGCCUUGGUGUGGCCGUGUAUGAUCAGGAUGUGCUGGAGCAAGGUGUCCUGCAGCAAGUGGAUGAGGCGAUACAUGAGGCCAGUGAGGCUGCGGCCAAAGUGCAGGCUGAGAAGGAAUACCAGUCUGUGCUCGACGAUGUCAGGUCCGUUACAACAUCUCUCAAACAAGUCAACAAGAUUAUUGAGCAGCUGUCUCCCUAUGCUGCUUCCAGCAAAGAUAUCAGUCGCAAGAUUGAGUCUGUCAAACGACAGAAGGAAAAUAAGGAGAAACAGCUGAAGAAAGUCAGAGCCAAACAGAGGCGACUUCAGGCCAUUCUGGGAGGAGAGGACACCCUAAGGGUUGAAGCUGAUCUUUUUGCAGAGGAUGAUGAAGAGGAAGAAGCGGGGCCGUCUACACUGGGCAGCAUGCUAAUGCCCUCGCAGGAGACCGAAUGGGAGGAGCUUAUCCGGACGGGUCACAUGACUCCUUUUGGAACCAGAAUUCCUCAGAAAGAGGUCAAGAAGGAACCCCGGAAAGUGAUGCUUGCUGAGAACUCUGCCUUUGACCAGUACUUGACAGACCAGGCCCAGUUAGCCACUGACAGGAAGAGAGUUCCUCUUCUAAAGAAGAAGAGGAAGUCAGGACUUAUCCCGGACAAGGAAGCCAGGGUGAAAACCAAGAGAACUGUUACCCCUAAGGAUAAAAAACUAAAGAAGCGCAUGCAAAAGCUGCAGAUCACUGCUCUGAAGGUCCAUCCCAAAGCUCGUUCAAAGCCUGAGCUUCAACUGCCCAAACCAAAGAGGAAGCCUCGCACAGAGGGAGAGGAGAGCGAAAGUGAUGCUUCCGAGUACCUGCCCUCUGAUGAAGUCAUGGAUCCUGACCAAGAGGAAAGAGAAGCCAUGGAGGAGGGCUUUGGGGAAGAUGAUGAUGAUGACUAUCAGUUGAAACCAUACAAGAGAAAAACUGAAGGGAGAGGGGGGAAGAAAGCAAAGAAAAAAGAGGAUAGUGAGGAAGAAUACUGUCCUGAGAGUUCAGAUGAAGAGAAGGAGGGGAAGGGUAAACAGAACAAAUGUAAAGACGAUGGAGAUGUGGAGUACUACAGACAGCGAAUAAGGAGAUGGAGGCGACAACGUCUUCGAGAAAGGGAGGAGAAGAGAGAAAGAGGGGACGAGCUCACAGAUGACAGCGAUGCAGAGUUUGAUGAAGGCUUUAAAGUUCCUGGUUUCCUCUGGAAAAAACUUUACAAGUACCAGCAGACAGGUGUGCGGUGGCUGUGGGAACUCCACUGUCAGCAGGCAGGUGGCAUCCUCGGAGACGAGAUGGGAUUGGGCAAAACCAUCCAGGUCAUCUGCUUUCUGGCUGGACUGAGCUACAGUAAACUGAGGACCAGAGGAUCCAACUACAGGUAUGUUGGUCUGGGUCCCACCGUCAUUGUGUGCCCAGCUACAGUCAUGCACCAGUGGGUGAAGGAGUUUCACACCUGGUGGCCUGCUUUCAGAGUGGCCGUUCUACACGAGACGGGCUCUUUCACCAGCAACAAGGCAAAACUCAUUCCAGAGAUAGCCUCCUGUCACGGUAUCUUGAUAACCUCAUAUUCAGCUGUGAGGAAUUUGCAAGAAGUCCUGCAGCGAUACGAUUGGCACUACAUUAUACUGGACGAGGGUCACAAGAUCAGAAAUCCAAAUGCCGGUUGUACCACAGCCUGCAAACAGUUUCGUACUCCCCACAGGUUCAUCCUGUCAGGCUCCCCCAUGCAGAACAACUUGAAGGAGCUGUGGUCUCUGUUUGACUUUGUCUUUCCCGGUAAACUGGGGACAUUACCUGUGUUCAUGGAGCAGUUCUCUGUGCCAAUCACCAUGGGUGGAUACAGCAACGCCUCACCUGUACAGGUCCAGACGGCGUUCAAGUGUGCAUGUGUGCUGAGGGACACCAUCAAUCCUUACCUGCUCAGGAGGAUGAAGGCGGACGUCAAGGACAACCUCGCUUUACCUGACAAAAAUGAACAGGUUCUGUUUUGCAGAUUAACAGAGGAUCAGCGGCAGGUGUAUCAGGGCUUUUUGGAUUCCAAAGAGGUCUACCAGAUACUUAGCGGGGACAUGCAGGUAUUUUCAGGUUUGAUAGCGCUUCGUAAGAUCUGUAACCACCCUGACCUUUUCUCUGGUGGCCCCCGGAUGCUGAGGGGAAUCCCUGAGGAUCAACUCACUGAGGAGGAACACUUUGGCUUUUGGAAACGCUCAGGCAAGCUGAUAGUGGUGGAGUCACUGCUGCGUCUCUGGUUCAAGCAGAACCACAAAGUCCUGCUCUUCACUCAGUCUAGACAGAUGUUGGCCAUCUUUGAGAUGUUUGUGAGGGAGAAUAACUACAAGUACCUGAAAAUGGACGGCACUACCCCAAUAGCUUCCCGUCAGCCACUCAUAGCUCACUACAACGAGGACAAAUCCAUUUUUAUCUUCUUGUUGACGACUAGAGUCGGAGGUCUGGGAGUCAAUCUGACUGGAGCCAACAGAGUCAUCAUCUAUGACCCAGACUGGAACCCCAGUACUGACACACAGGCCCGGGAAAGAGCAUGGAGGAUUGGCCAGAAGCAGCAAGUGACAAUCUACAGACUGCUGACUGCAGGGACCAUUGAGGAGAAAAUCUACCACAGGCAAAUCUUCAAACAGUUUCUGACCAAUCGUGUUCUGAAGGACCCCAAACAGAGACGGUUCUUUAAGUCGAAUGACAUCUACGAGCUCUUCACUCUCACUGACCCCGAUGGAGGUCAGGGAACAGAGACCAGUGCCCUAUUUGCAGGUACUGGCUCUGAUGUCCAGGCACCUAAGAAACCCGAGAGGCAGAGACCAUUGCACACAUUAAACCUCUCCAGCCGUACUCACAAACACUCCUCAGCAAACCAGAAGGAAACUGGUGCAGACAGCAGACACUCCUCAUCAAACAUUCCUGCAUUAAGGGACGGAAGUACCGCUCUGUGCAGACAAAACUCUCAGGGUAAAAUAAAUGUCACGACAGACAGCGGCCAAUAUGCCGUGGAUGUAAAGCCAAGUGUUUCAACUGACAUGCAGCAUGGAGAACAAAAUAUCAGAGACUAUGACGCAGCCCAACCAGCCAGCAAAAACCCAACCAGCUCUCACCAGCACGGAGCCUCUGCCCUGACGAGCCCACAGAAGCACAGGGAAAAGACAAAGCACUGUGACGCCGCUACCUCAGACAAACACAAGCAUAAACGAAAGAAACGCAAACACUCCGCAGACGUUCGGUUCGAAGGCCAGCGCAUCUCGCACUUGGUGAAGAAAAGGACUUUUAGAACGGAGGAGAAUGGAGCCAAUGAGCCAGGGGACCAGAAGAAAUCAGACGAUUAUGUCUUGGCAAAGCUCUUCAGGAAGUCUGGUAUCCACAGUGUGAUGCAGCACGACACCAUCAUGGAGGCGUCCAACCCUGACUAUGUUCUCGUUGAGGCAGAAGCCAACAGGGUGGCCAGAGAUGCCCUGAAAGCCCUGAAGGUUUCUCGCCAGAAGUGCCGGCUGCCCUAUAACAGACCCCCCCCUCCCCCUGCGAAGAAACGGUUUGGGCAAAAGAAGAAUUCUCUCCUGGUUGAACCUCCCGUUCAAUCCGUCGGUGCUCCAAGCAAAUGCAAGGAUGCUGCUAUUGUUAAGAAGUCUGUGUCAAAGAAGCCUGGUUCGGGGGCUCAUUUCAGUGGUGAGGGGGCAGAGAGUGAUCCAAACUCCGCCCCCCUCUCCUCCUCCUCCCUGCUGGCCAACAUGAGAGUCCGUAAUCACCUCAGCGUGCCCUCCAGCCAAAGAGACGAAGCGGAGGAAGACGAGGAAGGCUCUGGAGCUCCGGCAACGAGCUCCCCCCCACCUCCGUCCACCGAGCAUGACGAGCUGCUGGUGGAUGUGCGUAACUUCGUGGCCUUCCAGGCGAACGUGGACGGCCAGGCCACCACCCAGGAGGUGCUGGAGUAUUUCAAACCAAGACUGACGAAGGAGCAGGCGCCUGUCUUUAGAGAGCUGCUGAGGAGCAUAUGCGACUUCAACAGGACCUCGGGUCAGGGAGGCAUCUGGAGACUGAAGCAGAACUUCCAAUGAAGAAAGACUAAACUGUGGUUGAUAACAAAUACAAGCCUGUAGAGUUCAAGCCUACAAUAUAUUUUUUUAUUAACUUGUGUCAAAUGAAAAUGUCUUUAAAAAUUUACAAAUCUGAAUUGAGGAUAAUAUCAUAUUAGAGGUUGAACAAUAUGGUGUGAAAAGCCAUUUUACACUACAAUGAUAAACUGAAGUUAGUGAAUUACCUGUGAGCUGAGAACUGAAGGGUAAAGUCCAUUUGAAUGUUUAAUUUAUUUCUGCUGCAGUUUGAGUUUUGUCGUUAAACUUUUGUUUCUGUUCAUUGUUGCUUGUUCCUGCUUAUACUUGAAUUCUCCUGUUUUGUAUUUAAAUCUGUUUCAACUUUAAAAAAUGUUGUAUCUCAACUGCAUCAUAUUUCCAAUUUUCUUAUGUGCCACUGUUAAAUGUGACAGACGUGUAGUGUGCUAUUCUGUAUAUACGACCAAGUCACCACAGGUUCUGGUGGGAUUUGUUAUAACUGACUUUUCAUAAAUCGUUUACAGGACUUUGAAUUUUACAAGUUGUUAUUCCCUGUUAUUGAGCUGCUAUGUUUUACAUUUAUAAAAAAUUAAUUAAAACAAUGCUUUCCUGGAUCUAUUUUAUGGAAUACAGCUAUGUAGCUGCUGACAUGUUCCUGUUAAGUUAUUUGAAUUGUAAACAUGGAUUCAAAUAAAGAAAGACAUACUGGAAUAGUUAUGGACCUUCA